GUUACUGCUACAAUAUCCCAGUCGUACAAAAGGUGAAAUUUGUUAGUACAUAAGAGCCACUCUUGUUCCUGCAUUCCUGCAAUGUAUUCGAGAAUCAUUCCAUGGGACGCGGCCGCCGCAGAAGUCCACCUCCAUGAAUACUAGUUCUACACUAGACUAAGUCACAAAUUGCGCAACUCGGUGCUCUAUAUCGUUUUGCGUUGCUGAUAGCGAUUAGCUAUCAUUGAAAGCGCUGCUAUCGGAUCGAAUAAGUAGUUAAUGAUUUUACCGAAUGCCCCUAUCGGUAUGAGGAAUGAAUUACCCCUUGUAUUUGAGACUUGCUGCUCUUGAAAGCUAUUUCUGCCCGUAUGUGUCUUUAUCGUGAAAUCACUACUCCACAUCGCAGUUAGAGAAUACGAGUUCCGCCAUGGCCGUCGCGACCGCAGCGCAGGUCCACGGAGAGUCACCUCCCAAAGAUAUCCGGAUUUUCAACAGCACGGAAUUGCUCUCACAGCGUGUGCGCAAAUGGCAGCCUCCAGCCAUUUCGAGUCUUCUCCCUCUUGAGGCUGUGCCGGGCAUGAUCUCCCUCAUCGUGGGAAAGCCCAACCCUGACUGCUUCCCAUUUUCCAGUAUCUCAAUAGGUCUCAAGGGCACCAAUGAGCAACUCAUAUUGAAUGAGACAGAUCUGCAUGAUGCUUUUCAGUAUGCCCUGCUACCCGGCGGCAUCCCAGAAUUGCGCCAGUGGUUUGAGGAAUUCCAGGCGAGGAUACACGGCCCAGGGCCAGUCGGAACAUGGGGCUGUGCGAUUGGCAGUGGCAGUCAGGACCUCUUGUACAAAGCGUUCCAAGUGUUUACGGAUCCAGGUGACUACGUUCUCAUUGAUACGCCGGCAUACUCGGGUACUCUGGGAUUCCUUAGUGCAGAUUGUCACAAUCUUGUGGAGGUAUUAUCUGAUGCUGAAGGCUUAAACCCAACGGAGCUCGAAAUAGUCCUUUCUCAAUGGCCUGACCAUAAGCGUCGACCCCGUAUCCUAUAUACCGUCCCAACAGGUUCCAACCCAACUGGGCGGUCAUGUACUCAGGCACGCAAGAUCGAAAUCCUGCGUCUCGCUAAAAAGUUUAACUUCCUCAUCUUUGAAGACGAUGCUUACUAUUUCCUGGAUUUUGCGGAUCCUGCUGUCAAGGCUCGCAGCUAUGUGUCCCUGGAGGCCGAGGUCAACGGCGAAACCGGCCGUGUACUGCGAUUUGACUCUCUAAGUAAGAUUGUGAGCGCUGGGAUGCGCCUAGGAUUCCUUACCACAUCACCGUCCAUCUUGCAAAAGGUCAACAUGAUCACCGGAAACACGAACCUCCAAGCCGCUUCAACCUCCCAGGUUAUCGCCCUAGCUCUAUUAAGGCAUUGGGGCCACGAGGGAUUUCUCACACACACAUCCAAUGCGGCAGAGUUCUAUCGCCAUAAGCGGGACAUGCUGGUUGCCGCGGCUGAACGGUAUCUCCAAGACAAGGCCACAUGGGAAGUUCCCACUGCCGGCAUGUUUCUUUGGAUCAAGUUGCUGCUCCCGCCUGGUCGUGACAGCUUUGAAGUAUUGACUAGUUUUUCUAGCGCGGCUGGUGUCAUCGCCGUUCCGGGGAUGGCAUUUAUGCCCAGCCGGAGCAAGACAUGUCAGCUUCGGCUAAGCUUUAGUUUGGUCACGGAGGAUGAGGCCAAUGAAGCAUGUAGGCGAAUCGCGACCUUGGUAGAAAGUGCCUUCACAGAAGCAGCCAAGGGGAAUCAUACGUGGUCUGAUGAAUAG